CUAGCGGAUGUUGUUUAUGAUUUUACGACAUUUUAUCUAGAAAAUAAAGUUGACGUAUAUUAAUAUAAUUUUCUGAUAAUUUAUAAUCUAAAUGUCUGGAUAUAGUGUCUAACCAUAUAAAAAUAUUAAUUAAAUAACGUUUAUGGUACUCAAAAACAGCGAUUUACGUGUCGCCUGCUUGUAUUACUUGAAGUUUUUUCUCUGACAAUAUUAGCGGGAAAUCGCCUUAGUGACGCGCACAACAGUCCACAACCUCUGUUUCUAAUUUACUCGUACUGUAGCCUGGACGUGUAGUGUAGUGCUUGUAAUGUGGUUAUACAAGGCAUAAGACUAGUAUUGUGAUAUAAUUAGAAUUGACAAUGUCGAAUGAAAUGGCGGUUGGUGAUAAGGUGUCAGAGGAUGCUACUGUUUGUAGUGAUGAAGUUGUAGAAGAGGCUACACAUACUGAACAGGCUUCACAACCUUUCUCAGAAGCUUUGAUGGAGGGAUCCAAGGAAGAAGCCAAGCCUGAAGAAGAAUCAUCAAGCACAUCAAAUACUAAACUAUCUGAAGAUACAAAUGAAAAGAAAGAUGAUGAUGACCAAAAAGGCAAAAAGCGCAGGGCGUCUGAUGCCUUCAGUGAUGAACAAGACACAGAGUUUAAGGGAUUUGAACAGAGUGACUGUGACCUAACGGAGUUCAAUAAGAUUGUUGACGAGGAUUGGAAAUUUUUACGGAGAUAUUCAACAGAUGAAGACUUUAAGGGGUUUGAGUCUAUUGAAAAUAGCAGCUUGUCUGCUUAUUCUCAAAUUUUAGAAAAUUGGCAAACACAAGUAUCUGAGGCUGUAAAGCUUGUGACUCCAUUGAGAAAAGUUUUGACCUUACCAUCAAAGAUUCCAAAGCGACCCAGACAAGACACAGAUAGUUCAAGACCGUCAUCAGCCCUAUCUUCAAGAUCUGAAGGUGACGGAGCAACAGAUGCUUCCUCGUCCCCGGCCAACCGGGGUCGGCGCCCCACCGUGGAGAUGUCGUCGCCGCUGCUGCGCGUGCCUUUGGAGCGAGGCUGGAAGCGGGAGCUGGUGUACCGCGCCGCGCUCGAUGCGCACUCGCGCCGCAACGCCGACAUCUACUACUACAUGCCCGGCGGGAAGAAGCUCAGGUCUACCAGAGAGGUGGCCGAGAACCUGUCAGGGAGCGGUCUCACUCUGGAAAACUUUUCGUUCUUCAAGGAACCUCUCGGUAUAGACGAUCCCGAAAAGGAAAUCAUUCGCGACGCCAAAGUGAUCCGCCGCGUGGAAUCUCCCGUGCCGCCGCCCACUCAGACGGUGGCUGACGUCAAACGCACUCCCAAACCCAAACCCCCCAAAGGAGUCAGCCCCGAGCCCGCGGUGAAGUCGCCGCCGGCCAAAAUCAAGGUGAAGUCGAUCGGGUCCCGCCUCAACAACAACGGCGCUCCCUCCGCUCCGACGACUCCGAAGCAGCCCAGACGCACGUCUCAGACGCAGCCUCCCGCGGACAACAACAACACGGCUUGGAAGAAACCUAGGACGGCGCAGGCGCAGCUCGUCCGGCCGGCGCACGUGGAUAAGCACGCGCAGAUGGGGCUUGGCGUCCGACAGCCGUGCUCCAUGAGCUGCGGCCGCGGGGCCGUGCCCUCCCUGGCCUGCGCCGCCUGCCUGUGUCUCUACCACCCCGUUUGUCUGAGGCUGACGCACGCGCCGCCGCAUCCCUUCUACUGCAAGAACUGUGACUCUUCAUCGCCUCGGGAUCCUCCGUCGUCGGUCCACAAAUCCGGGGUGACGACCGCGUCCGGUCUCCAGGCUCCCGUCCCCGUCCCGGCCUCGGUCAAUCAGGCGGCCGACACGGUGCCGGUGCCGAGGCUCGUCCCGGCUCCUAAAACUCAGAAGAGCGAUAAGCGGGUGCUGCUGCGGAUGAAGAUGUCCGGCGGCGCAGACGGGCAGAAAGUGUGGGCGGUGUCCCCGAGUGCGACCUCCGCCCCGACUCAGGCCGGCCCCGCCCCUUCGGCCCAGCCGAGCCAGGCGACGCCCCAGACCCCGAACGCUUCGUCCGCUACGCUCCAGAGACACGCGUUACCGCAAUCGUUGGCCGUCAUCAACGGCCGACGCUUCAUAGUCGUUUCACGCGGAUUCGAGAAAGCGGGCCGUCGCGUGACGAACGGGGCCUCGCCGCCGCCGGCCGCGUUGCCUUCCCCUCGACGAAGGGGCAGGACCAAAGCGGACGACGCGGCCAACUUCUCCAACUUCCACGCGAGCGCCCGAGAGAAGAACUACGACGUCGCUCUGCAGAUUUUCCAAUACGUGGGCAUGCGAGACCUGGCACGCUGCGCGCGCGUCUGCAAGUUGUGGCAGACGCUGACGGAUACGCCCGCGCUCUGGAGACACGUGCGCAUGAAAAAUUCACACGUUAGCGACUGGGGCGGGUUGUGCGCGCUCUUAAAGAAGCGUUCGACGAAAUGGUUGGACUUACGGAAGAUGCUGCUACCCUCGAACGACACGGUGUUCUGGGACCAAUUCAUCGAGAGCGUCGGCACGGUGGACACUCUGGAACGGUUGGAGCUGUGCCGUUGUCCGGCGCGCGUGGUGGAAGCGGUGUGUCGCCGAGUGAGCUCGUUGCGCGCCCUGUGCGCGCCCGCCAUCUGCGACACCGUGCUCGACCCCGAGCCCUUGGCCGAGCUGCCGAGGUUGGAGCUGCUGAGACUGAAGAGUCUGAAAGGCCUCUCCCUGACGCGCAACCUGCAACCUCUGAGCGCGUUGACCGACCUCCAGCACCUGUCCCUCACGUCCAUCAAGGAGCUGGGCUGGUGCGCCUGCGAGGUGGUGGGCCAACUGGAGCGACUGGAGUCGCUGGAGCUGGGCGAGUGCUCGUUCGGCAGUCCGUUCGCCGCCGCGCUCGCGAAACUCGUCCGUCUGCGCAGGCUGAGGCUGGAGAGGGGCGUCCCGCACUGCGCGGCGUCGGCGCUCCUGAAGGCUCUGGCGUCUCUGCCGAAGCUCACCAGACUGGAGCUGGUCAACUUCGACGUUAAGGUGGGCUUCGACGAUGCGUUGGCGGAGUGCACAAACAUCCAGAGACUACUCAUCAUACCUACCUACGUGUCGCAGUCGGCGACCACGAACAAGCAGGUGCUGAGCGGCGUGCUGCGGCUGAAAGACACCCUGACGCAUCUCAUGUGGGGCGUGACCAUAGAGUUGCUCCGCGUCACCGAGCUCUUCAUCGAUCAGUGCGAGGCGGGAGGGGAGACGGAAGCCGCGGACGGGCAAGGGGCGAGGAGGGAGCUCGGGGAGUGCAUACCCGUGUUGAAGCCCGUGCCCGGGUGCAGGCUGCCCGACGAUUUGAGACACGUCGCCGGACCGCCGCAGGUGGAAAUCCUCCCCAUUCCCACGCUACAGCGGCUGCUGUCGGCCCAGUUGCCGAACACGAAGUUGAAACUCCUGCGCAUCCCCUUCCACGCCACGUGGCGGCAGACGCUCGCGGACUUCCAGUAGCACGCGACGUCGCGCCGCGGCCUCGGCGAGUGACAGUUUUAUUUCGAUAGAGGGAAACCGGACUCCGACAUAGUUGCAAUUUAUCAGAUUAAAUAUUUUAUCCCUUUUA